CUAAUUUAACUUUAAGUAAUUAGGAGAUUUCUUCAAAAUCGAAAAGGGUUAUAUUUGUAUUUUGAAAUCAAGUUGUACUUGAUAACGUUUGGAAAACCCCAGUGGCUGCGUCGCUUACAACAAUUUUGAUUCGAUGGAGCGCGAAGACGGUGUUCAACAGCCACUGCCGUCGGAGCAAGUGAUGAGCGAAGUUCACCUCGGCUGCCCUCCUAACCACUCCGGUCGCCAUCUCUCCCAUUUUACCAUCUCGCUACCGCCUCGCCACGAAAACUCCACUUUGAGAGGAAAUACAGAUGCAGUUGAGGAUAUAUCGAUUUCUGCUUCUACCAUGUUUGACUUGGAUGAAGAUGGUGAUCUUAUUCUAACACGACGGAUAAAAUCACCUAGUCAUCAUCUUGUCUUGACCAUCCAGCAUUAUAUCACUUCAUCGAUUCCUAGAGUUGGUUUGCAGGUUUGGAGAGCAGAACUAGUGCUUACUGAUUUUGUGUUGCAUGUGAUGUCUACAUCAUCUGAUUUUGAUAAAGUUGUUGCAUUGGAGCUUGGGGCUGGUACAGGGUUAGUUGGUAUUUUGCUUGCUCGUGUUGCUAAAACUGUCUUCGUAACAGUCGCUUCAGAAGCUGUUCUAACCAUUAAUGUCUUUUUCAAGCAUAUUACUUGGAUUCCCAUAUAUAAUCACUUGGGAGAUCGCUCCAAGUUGUAUGUGUCAGACCAUGGCGACGAAGUACUUGAGAACUGUGAGAAAAAUGUGGAUCUUAAUGCUGAAAUAUUCCAUGGGAAGGCUUCUGUUCAUGUACGUGAACUUGAUUGGAAAGAUUCAUGGCCUCCUCAAGAGGAGAAUACUUCACCAUAUAAAGGAAGGUACAGCUGGACCCAAUCAGAAAUUGAAGAACUCAAGAAAGCUUCUCUGGUUCUAGCUGCUGAUGUCAUUUACAGUGAUGAUCUGACUAAUGCAUUCUUCAGCAUCUUGAAGAAAUUAAUGUUAGACAACCCAGAGAAGGUGCUAUACUUGGCUAUGGAAAAGCGUUACAACUUCACCCUUGAUGAUCUUGAUGUUGUUGCAAAUGGAUAUUCACACUUCCGUAGUUAUCUGAUCACUGAACAAGGAUGUAAGCAGCUUGAUAGUGCAUCCGAUCCCUUCUUUGUUGGCGAGCAGAUUGAUUUGAAAUACAUUCCAUGUUAUGUGAGGGAUUACAAUAGAGGGAAUGACGUUGAACUCUGGAAAAUUAAGUUAAAUCAUAGAGCACUCUUCUGAAUUUCGUACACACCUCUUAUUGAUAACAUUUAUCUUCAGUUGCUAUGGACAUGAAAUUCAUCUUCAUGCUCUAUUAGCAUCACCCGUCAAUUUAUAAAACAGAUUGGUAGAGCUGCAAGUGGCUUGUUCAUGUGGACAAAAGGAAAAAAGCACCAAGCAAGCAAUUUGCAGGAAUAAUAAGAAUAGUAGUGGUUUCAGAAAUAUGACUUCUCGACUUUUCCAAAGUAUUUUAUUACAUAAUUAGAUGUUCGAAGACGCGUCACAUGCAAUAUUAGAAUCUUUGAAAUGGUGCUGUUUCAAAUGGAGAACCAACUUUAUACUUUUGCUGUGCAAAAGCUAGCAAAAAGUUUUCCAGUCCUCUCCUUUCCUUUC